AUGUCGGUGGUGGCUGAUAAUUCGCCAAACAACGGAAACCACCAUGUGGUUUUAAAUGUAAACGGUGAUACCUCCAAAAAGUGUGAUAACCCAGCUAACCAAGAUUGUGUACCUCUUCUGCAGAAGCUGGUAGCGGAGGUGGUGGGGACGUACUUUUUGAUAUUUGCAGGAUGUGCUUCAGUGGUGGUGAACCUUGACAAAGACAAAGUAAUUACACAACCUGGGAUUUCAAUUGUUUGGGGACUGACGGUUAUGGUUUUGGUUUAUUCUGUUGGCCAUAUAUCUGGUGCUCAUUUCAACCCUUCAGUCACUAUUGCUCAUGCUUCCACCAGAAGGUUUCCACUGAAGCAGGUACCAGCUUAUGUGAUAGCUCAGGUGGUUGGAUCCACACUUGCUAGUGGAACUCUCAGACUUAUAUUUAAUGGCAGGAACGACCAUUUCGCAGGAACACUUCCCGCUGGUUCUGACUUGCAAUCUUUUGUGGUCGAAUUCAUAAUCACUUUUUAUCUCAUGUUUGUCAUUUCUGGAGUUGCCACCGAUAAUAGAGCGAUUGGUGAAUUGGCUGGACUUGCAGUUGGGUCUACGGUACUGCUAAAUGUGAUGUUUGCAGGGCCAAUCACAGGGGCAUCAAUGAAUCCAGCAAGAAGCUUGGGACCAGCAAUUGUGCACAAUGAGUAUAGAGGAAUAUGGAUAUAUUUGGUGUCACCAACUCUUGGAGCUGUGGCUGGUGCAUGGGCGUACAAUUUUAUAAGAUACACAAAUAAGUCAGUGCGGGAAAUCACCAAGAGUGCCUCUUUCCUCAAAGGUGGUGAAGCCCACUUGAUAUGCGAAGAGGUUUACAGUUCAGGGGAAGAAAUUGUGGGCACGUCAUCUGAUCCUCUCUCUGCCAUCAAAAUAACAAAAACAGAGUUAUUCAAAACCUCAUAUCUCCUGUUUACAGAUUUUGCAUUUUGCAUAGAGGAAAACUUUCUUGAGGACACAAUUUCUUGGAUACUUGGUCAUGUUCAUGUGACCGUCACUGCAAAAGCCAGAAACUUGGCCAUUGGCCCCAAAAAUAAGCCUAACUCCCAUCUAGAAUUAAUGCCUGGAAUGCUUUUCCCAUCCCUUUCUGAAUUUCCGUUCGGUAGGUUUAGACAAGAUUUCAAUGCUAUUGUGAGAUCAUAA